CCGCUGCCUUCAUGGUGAUAGAAAUUUGCAGGCGAGGGAGAGUUCUCAACAGUGAAAGGGAUUUUCAGCGAAGAUAAGGAGGAAAUCAUCGAACGAGAGUUGAGUGAAGUUUCAGUGCGAACGGCGUCUAUCUGCGGCGCCGCCCCAUCUGUCAAUGCGUCUCUCGGCUAAUUCAGUGGCUCUUGAUUUUGCGUUUGGUUUCGUUUCGAUUGGAAGCUGUCGGAAGACCAUUUGUUUUAGGAUUAUAUCUUACUAGAUAGGAGCAUGGUAAUGUCCGCAGUUGGCGGCACCUCGAGGACAAACUGGGAGCUAAUUUGAAAUUCAUAUAUUUGCUUUCGCAAGGAUGCUUAGUUUCAAUUAUUCUCUGCCGGUUAUACCGAGAAGAUUUGAAUCGAGUCAAAUCUCCAGAAACAUUAGAACUAUUGUGGUGUGUGGAGCGAAAGGUCCCCGGCCUAGAUAUCCUCGAGUAUGGAAAUCACAGAAGAAAAUUGGGACAAUCUCCAAGUCUGCAAAGCUUGUUGACUGUGUGAAGGGAUUGUCAAAUGUAAAAGAGGAAGUCUAUGGGGCACUUGAUUCGUUUAUUGCUUGGGAACUAGAGUUUCCCCUGAUCACAGUCAAGAAAGCCUUGAAGACACUUGAGAACGAAAAGGAAUGGAAGAGAAUAAUACAGGUCUCUAAGUGGAUGUUAAGCAAAGGUCAAGGAAGAACGAUGGGAAGUUACUUUACAUUGCUUAAUGCAUUAGCAGAAGAUGGCAGGCUUGACGAAGCUGAGGAACUGUGGACAACGAUAUUUUCUCAGAAUCUGGAAGGCACACCUCGUAAAUUCUUCAACAAAGUGAUAUCGAUAUAUUAUAAGAGAGGCAUGCAUGACAAGAUGUUUGAGGUAUUUGCUGACAUGGAGGAACUUGGAGUUAAACCCAAUGUUUCAAUUGUUUCGAUGGUGGGCAAUGUCUUCCAACAGCUAGGUAUGAUGGACAAAUAUGAGAAACUAACAAAGAAAUACCCGCCACCAAAAUGGGAGUACCGAUACAUCAAAGGGAAGCGUGUUAAAAUAUCAGCGAAGCGUCUGAAUGAAUUCAAUGCCGUUAACGAAAGCAGCAGCGUGAAUGGUGAUGAGAUUAUUGAAGAAACUAAGCAACUGAAUGAGUCUGAUGGUCCAUUGGAAGGGAACACAACUGAUGCCGAUGAAACAAUUCCGGACACAGAUGGGGUUUAUGAAUCCGAUUGAUCUCUAAUGUAUGUAAAGUUCUUGACAGUGGCCUCUAUAGCAGUUCAGAGAGAGAAUGUGUUCAGUUUAUCUCUUCCAUGGCACCAGAUAAUGUGCUCGAAUGUUUGUUUUGUGGCCUGCCCUUGUCUUAAGUGAAGGAUCCUUUGUAUAGAGGGGAGACUCAUGGUUCACAUGAUGGUGUGAGGAAGGCAUUGGCAAAAUGACUAUGGCGUUGCUUUCUGGAUUUUCCAGGAAGGGGGAGAACACUGCUGCUCAGAGAUUUAUGAUAAGAGUACCCGUGCGAGGAACAACGCUAUGCUUUUGAAUUGUGCCCGGUGCAAAUUGUUUUGAUUUUGUUUGCCUGCUGAACAGAUUGUUCGAUGACGACAUACUUUUAGCCGUACCAGUUUGUACGAGCUGGGGUCGAAUGACUACCGUCAUACUCUUGAUUUUGCCGGCUUGACCUGUGUCAAGCUCAUACUCGUAUUUUUUUCAAGUUUCGGUGAGGUCAUAUCCACAGCUUGUACUUUGAAUAGUGUAUUUUGUGGCACUGAUGUUAUAUUUAGAGAGAGACCUCCCGGAAA